UCUGCUGACGACGUGCAGACGUCGUUGGGCACCGGGCAGCAGCAGCAGCAGCAGAGAGAGAGAGGCGGGUAGCAGCAUCAGCAUCAGGGCUCUGUCUCAUCCUCACUGGAUCACAGCACCAACACCCUCCAUCCACCCUGACAAGGACAACACAUCACGGGGACACAAUCUGAAAAUUAGGGAUCUCAUCGAAAGAAGCAACAAUGCUGGCGUGCACAGAGAUGAUCACCAUGUGUCUCCAAUCUGCAAAGCACCAACACUUGAGGAGGCAGCAGGAGCUGGACCACAACCAAAACCAAGGCACCUCUAUGUUCCAUGAUAUAUUCCGCCGGGCAGACAAAAACGACGACGGGAAGCUGUCCUUGGAGGAGUUCCAGUCGUAUUUCACUGAUGGUAUCCUCACCGACGAGCAGAUGCAGGAGCUGUACUACUCCAUCGACAGGCAGAAGAAAGACAACCUGGACAUAGACAAACUCUCAGAGUACUUCAGUCCACAUCUGGGAGAAUACGUCAAUGUCCUCUCUGCUCUGGAAAAGCUGAAUGUGGCCAUUUUGAAGGCCAUGGACAAAACUAAAGAGGAGUACCAGGGUUCAUCAGUGCUGGGUCAGUUUGUGACGCGCUUCCUCCUGAGGGAGACCACCACCCAGCUACAGUCUCUGCAGUCAUCCCUUGACUGUGCAAUGGAGGCUGUUCAUGACCAAGGCUGCACAGGGAGGAGGAUACUGAAGACACCCCAGGACCUGCCCAUCCAGAGGGUGGCCAAGCGUCCCGGCCGACGCAUCCAAAAGAACAUGUGUCUUUCUCCCACUGACCCCUACUCUGGCAUGCUCACCACAGGGGUCAGUGUGGAGCCAGACAACCACUGGGGCUCCCAGAUCAACCAGCUGGAGGAACUCAUAGACAAACUGGAGUGUGAGAGUCCACAUCUUGAGCCCCUCAAAGAGGACACGUUAGCAGGGACGUAUAAAUCGAACAUUCUUCUGGUUCAGAGGCAAAUGUCUGUGAAGGAGAGAGACGUGGAGCAGUUUCAGCAAGCUCUCAAAAUCUACACAGACGCCACCAACAGCCAGCUAAACAAUCUGCACGUUUCAGUCCAGAACCUGCCAGACAGAUCAUGCUUCAUCAUGUAUGAAUUUUGGCAGGAUCGUCUCUCCUGGAUGAGCUACCUGCAGUCGUCCAUCAGUAAGACUUUCCUGCGCUGCAUUAUUGACUCACUGGAAGAGCCGGAGAUGGUCUCCACCAUGCUCCUCCCAGCCUCUUGGUGGAUUAUGAACAACAACUGACAGAGCGGAGCAGCUGUUAUUUAACAUUGUUAAAGCAAUUGAAUAUUUUUUUUCCUUUUUGUUCCUUGAAAUCUACUUUUUCCCCAUGUCAUGACCAGGGUUGUUUUUGCAAAGCCAUGCUCCGAGGUUAUAAAAAAGGAGAUUAAUGAGUGAUACAAACUAAAACCUUGGAUUACAGAGAAGAGGCAUUGCAAAUUUUUCAUUUUGUGAUCAGGGUCUGUUCCCAAUACUUUUCCCCCCUCUGUAUUUGCACAUUUCUUGCUCUUGAUUAAAUAGACACACAAGAAAUAAAAAGAACAAAAAGAUUUGCAUGAUUUCGUAUUCUCUGUGAUAGUUUAUUUUGAUGAGAACUAUGUGCAUCUUAGAGUAGAUAUAACGUCAAUGACACAAAAAUAGAAACACAUGAAUAACAACUGAUCUGUCAUUCUUCAGUACAAACAAAAACAGACGUAGUGGCAGGGUUCACCUGCAUCCUCCCUUGUUCUCUCUGUGGUUCUGUGCUUUGUUGUCCUCUUCAGAGCUUUGCUACCAAGUGUCUGUUAGAUAGAACCAAGUUAAUAAAUGAUAAUGGUCUGCAUCUAAACUUUUAUCAUCCGUGUGACACUUUUGCACUUUAUAAAAAAGAAGAAACAUGGACCUAGUUGUGACGAACAGAUGUUUAUUGUAGAUUGUCUAUUAAAAAUGUAGAAUCAACUGUUAUCAAGCCAAGAGCUGCACUGAAGUGUAGUGAGAAAACAUAGUGGAUGGUAAUUAACCAAAUAACUGAGCAGUUUGCCUGUACUGUUACUCUAUACUAUUUUACAUUUGCAGUGUAUAAUAAGAGUUAAACGGCACACAGUACACACACAUAGAGGUUUAUAUUUUGAGUACAGAAAAGAAGCAGAAGGUGUUUAAUGUGUAACGAUAUAAGAAGUAAUUCGAUUGUGUACAAUAGAUAAUGUAAUGAUGUAAGUAACUGUAGUAGAACACUGGUAAAUGUACAGUAUGAUACUUUAUGAAGCCUAGGUCGCUCUGAUAAAGAGAUGAAUGAUUGUGUUCACCCUUUGUUUCAUUUCUUUUAUGAAUAAUACAGUUGUUAUGUGGAUGUUAUGAUUGUUUUCUGGCAUGAAAUAAAGUUCAUGACACAUUGAUGACAUG